CCAAAAGCUGAAUUUGUUCCUCAAAGACGAAAGAAACAAAAAUUUUAUGGGAAUAGGUUUACAUAGAUAGAAAGAUAGAUAGAUAGUUUAUUAAUAACCGAUUUGCAACUAAAAGUUGAAUUAUACGAUUAUUUACAAAACAUUGAAUAUUGAUAAUUACAUUACAAAGACUACAAGUGAUUUAAAACAGCAAAUAAGGACACUAUACCGGGGUAUAUAUGUUCUAAAAAAAUAUAUAGGAGAGGUUUAACAAUCUACUAAAACCGUUCAAGCCUUAAGAGCGUUAAAGGUAAUAAAACUACUACGAAACCUGUUCGUCUUAAAAGCUGGCUUAAACUUCCGCAUAUUUCUUAGGUUAAAGUACAUGUGUUGCGAGCAGGAAGAAAUUCAUGGAGCUUGUUCUGUUCGUUCUGUAAAACAUUCUUAAAUAGUUUAUCAACUAGUUCCUGGCGGCGGUUUGAAAGUUUAGUUAGGCCUGAUUCAACCAAGGCCUCCUUGUAUGAGCAAAGAGGAAAAAAUAGAAGAAAGGACAACGUCGCAGGCAGUUUAGAUGAAGAAAACAGUUCUGCUUGCCUCAAAGAUGAAAUCAACUCGUCAAGUACUCAAGUUGACCAUAAGGCUCAGGAAACAUUGUCUGCAUCGUACUGCAAGCUAAAAUCGGUGACAGAAGGAAAUAAUCCAGUUGAUAAACCAAAGGAAACAUCUACUGCCAACAGCGAUUCAACGAUCACGGGGUUCAGGCUCUUUGACAUGGAAGUUCUGUGA